UUUCUUUAGCCAUAUUGCUUAAUACAAGUAUUUGAACAUUUAUUUUUAUUACCUAUUAUUUAUUUUGAUUACUACUUCUUUGGUUGCCUACAUUGCAACUAAAUCUGUUCGUCAAAAACACCUGGCUAUACUUCGUGGUCAAAACAAACAAAUUACGAAUGUAUGAGGUUAACUUCUUAUCACCGAAAUAGAGCACUUUAAGAUAUGAAGUUAUUAAAUGAUAAAUCCUAACAGUUUUUGUGUCUUAUAGUAAUUAAAAAGUGCAUUCCUAUACAAUAUGACUUACAAAGCAAUCCUCUACUUUUUAACAUUCCUCUUGUUCCUCAAGAUAUCUAAUGCAACACUAAGUCCAAAAUCACCAAAACACAAGAAAGUAGAAAACAAACAAAAUGUUCUUCAUGGACCACAGAGUAUGUCAGUUGUUCAGAAGGAUUUAAUAUCAAUUCAUCCAACUACAGAUGAUAUUCAAGCCAAUCAUCAAGCAUACCAUGAAAAUACCCAACAUCGAAACUUUCAGGGAAUGGUUUUAGGAUAUGUAACACCUUGGAACAAUCAAGGAUAUGAUAUAGCAAAAAUAUUUGCAAGUAAGUUUACACAUAUCAGUCCAGUGUGGCUGCAAAUCAAAAGAAAGGGACCUUUGAAAUAUGAAGUAACUGGUACUCAUGAUGUGGAUGUUGGGUGGAUGAAGGCAGUAAAGGAGAAUGGUGCAGCAAGUAACGUUAAAAUUGUACCACGGGUUCUUUUCGACAAUUGGUCAGGCAAUGAAUUUGUAACUUUGCUUUCAAACAAUAAUGAGAUUGAGGCAUUGGCUAAAACUUUAGUGAAGGCAGCACAAAAGUGGAACUUUGAUGGGUUUGUGGUUGAAGUAUGGUCCGUGCUAGCUGGGCGGGUAAAGAACAACCUACUGGUAAACCUAAUGAAGACAAUCGGCGGUAUUUUGACACACAAUUCGCUGGAUUACAUUAUAACGAUUCCACCGAAGCGUGGUGAAGAUUUUCACUUCACCGAUGAAGAAUUCGAGCAAUUGAAGGACGACGUGACUGCAUUUUCGUUGAUGACUUAUGACUAUUCUAAUAUCCAUCGACCAGGACCGAACGCUCCAUUAAAGUGGGUUGAAGAUUGUAUUCAAUCAUUGUCGGACGAUAAUGAGUCAACGGCGAAAAUCCUAACAGGUUUGAAUUUUUAUGGGAUGGAUUACAACCCAUCGGGCGGUGGACCGAUUGUAAAUCAUGAUUAUCUAAAAAAAGUUGCCGCUUUGAAGGGGAAAAUCCAGUAUGAUUCCAAGUCCGCCGAAAAUUUCCUCGAAGUGAAAGAAUCCGACGGUAAACACGUUGUCUUCUACCCGACGCUGCAUUCGAUUCAAAAGCGUUUGGAAUUGGCGAAGGAGCUUGGCACCGGGAUUUCCAUCUGGGAGCUUGGUCAAGGAUUAUACUAUUUUUAUGAUUUACUCUAAAAAACUCCCACGAAGCCAUUACUCCACCUCUUUUUCGAGCUUUACUCCGCUCUAAACACCAAGCUAAUGUAUUGAUUGGAUUAUAUGUUUUUAUGUCUCCAAUUUAAUAACGAUUUAAUGACUUGUUCAUUAGUUUCUGUACUCUCCUAUAUCAAUUAAGACCGGUUAAUGAACUACGGCUUAAAACAAUGACGCCACGGCGUAUUUUACGUUCUCAGGCAAAGCAAUAGUGGAAAUUUUUGCUGUACGCGAAUUACCUGCGAUCACUUUCUAUUUGUGCAUUGGGUUAUAAUUAAAAAAAUUGUCACUGUUCAAAAUCCACCUUCGAGGUAUUCCGAUUCAAUACUAUCGAUUCAAUUGUAUCGAUUUGAAAAUGUAAAUUACAGAAACAAUAUUUGCUCUUUAGAUAAUUGAUGAAAAUUCAGUAGCGAGCGCUUUUUUAUCCUUAUCGAUUUUCAUUCACACUAUUGGCAUUAUUGCGAUGAAUUAAGGAUGAGUUGGGCCAAGUUUAGCCGAAAUUUGCCCAUCAGCAGGCGCCGAAUCUUGCGCACGUGUCGCAUCCUAUGUUAACCAUCCUAUUAUGUUAGCUAAGCUCUCUGUUUGUCACAAUAUGCUGACCAACAGAAUAAAGUGAUUUAAGUUUGAA